GGGUGUUCCUGCGUUGUUUCAACCUGCCCAAACUGAAAUAUCCAACAAGAAGCAGCGAGUCGAGUCAGGUCCAGAUCUUGGAUCUCGAAAGGGGGCUUUCCAAUAAAUAUCCACCUCCACCCGUCGAGCCUAUUGUCUCCCAUCUUGUGCAGCGUCGAGCCCAGGGGAAUACGUACGAAUUGUGUUCGGGGCACAAAGCUGCCAGCCAAUUUGACCAAAUGUCCAUGUCUAAAUCCUGACGACAAUACGUGCUAUUAAAAAGCCGCGACCAACCGAACGAACGCUAUCACGCCGACCUGGUUCACUUUUGUCCGUUUUAGCGUGUUGGUUCGUUGUAAGACAAAAAAAAAAGAGUCAGGUACCAGCCACGAUACGAUCCGAUCUAGAUUGAUACUCCUUGACAUACCCGCCUUGGUCAACAGUAUCUACAAUUGUUCCUCAAACAAGUCCGGCCGACGACAACUAAACCUCGACUGAUAGUGUGAGGCUUGUUGAGCCAAAAGUCCUGUUUGGGCGAUUUGUCCUAAUCAAGCUGGUUAGACCGUCGCGAACAGGCGCGCGCGCAUCACCAACGGCCGAACCCCUAGUUUGACCUUUUCGGCGUCGAUCUUUUUUUCCCCCUACUCCUCUUUCUGCGGACGGAAGCUUCCACCUGGUCGCCUCUUCCCACCGCCCGCCAAACCGCUCUAUUCCGUUUCCCUCUGUCCCUGCGAGGGUGGAAUCUUCUGCCGAAGCUGACGACGCCGCGCCGCGCGUACUACGACACCAUAGUUUCAGGGUCUGGACUCGUCUGUUCCUCGUCGCAAACCUGCCCGCGAUGCAUUUCGCAUACCCUCCACGAAAAUCUUCGAACCCGCCGCCUUUUCGGCCUCGGACGUCCGCUCUUCCAACAAUACGAGGCAAGCGUUUGAAAACCAUCGUCCUUAUCGGCCUGGCAUUCCUGACGCUACUCUGGCUAUUCCAACGAGGCGGCCGUAGUCGACAUGCGCCACCGGCGUACCACAAGCCGUCGGGCAACCCGCCGGUGGUGAUAGUCACGGUGUUCAAUGAGGGCAAAUAUGGAAAGGGGUAUUUAGAUAUGGUCAAGGAAAACAGGUUAAAAUAUGCCGAGAAGCACGGCUACGGCACCUUCUUCGUCAAAUCCUCCGACUACGACCUCCGCGGCGCACCCGUCUCGUGGGCCACCCUCCCCGCCGUCCGACAUGCCAUGACUGAGUUCCCCGAUGCGUCAUACAUCUGGUAUCUCGAUCAGAACGCCUUCAUCAUGAACCCGCAGCUGAAGAUCGAGGAGCACGUCAUGAAGCCAUCGAGGCUGGAGGAGCUGAUGAUCAAGGACCACCCCGUCGUGCCGCCCGACAGCAUCAUCAAGACGUUCAGCCACCUCAAGGGACACGAUGUUGAUUUCGUAUUGACGCAGGACAAGGAUGGCCUGUCUUCGAGCAGCUUCGUGGUGAAGAAUGGCGAGUGGGCCAAGUUUUUCCUCGAGACUUGGUUUGAUCCCAUCUACAGGACUUAUAACUUUCAGAAGGCGGAGCAGCAUGCCUUGGAACACAUUGUCCAGUGGCAUCCCACCAUCCUCGCCAAGCUCGCUCUUGUGCCCCAGCGCAUCUUGAACUCAUACAGUAAGGAGAAGGGUGGGCAGGAGUACAAGGAGGGAGACCUUGCGGUGCGCCUCUAUGCUUGCGGUGAAGCUGGCGAGGAUACUUGUGAGACCGAGUCGCAAAGGUUCGCUCAGUGGAAGGCCGCGUAUCAGGACUCAUGAGAAGGCAGGCAGAGGUCAAUGGAUGGAUGGAGGAUAGCAAGCGAUAAGAAGGCACAUUCAACUUCUUGGAUACCAUGAACAUGCACGUACCGAACCGAACCGAACCGAACAGCCAACCUCGUUGAACGACGAUUUCGAGAAGCUGAAAAUAACGAAUUGUGAACCUUACUGGACAUUCUAUGGACAAGGACGGGCGCGUACUGCCGACUGUCCUCUCGGAAUACGGUCGGCUGCCACUUUGCAGGAACGGCGUUCGAAAGGGGAGGGGAAUUUGCUUAAUGAUUUACCAGCACCAGCAUUACAACCACCACCUACAGCACACAAAAUAACCCGACAACGUACACGGGCUCAGGAGGGAAGGUAUGGAACACAAAGAGCAUUUCUUACUUGGAGAAGGGGAUGAGGAGCUCCUUCAUCAUAGCAAGCACAUGCCAAUUGGAACAGGAUGGGUCGGGGGCGUUUGAGGAGACAAUGUUUCUGCUAUUUGCUCACCGGGAGAUUUGCACAACAUAUAAUGAGUAACCUCUCCUCCUAAGCAAGGUGGACGAGGAUGAGGAGGCAGAUAGAGGCAAGCGACCCAUGGUGUGGAAGGGAAACCUACGGAACGAAGAUGGAUAUAAAGACGAGGAGAACGAAUUAAACGUAAUACUAGAUUUAGGAGUAGGGACGUGGGGGUUUGAAAGCCUGGAGGGGGAGGCAAAUGAAACGGCAGUUAUGUUUGGACGAGUACUUACUGCUACGUACACUAUAGGUUGGUAGCACGAAGAAAUGGUGAUUUGACGUGGUUGUUUGGUUCAUUAAGUAUUUUAUAUACUAAGGAUGAGCUUUUACU